AUGUCUUGCGAGCAGUACGACGGCGUGGCGCCUGUGCCUGGACCUGGGCCCGGGUCUGCUGCCGAGGUGAGCCCGUUGGUUGUCGCCACGGCCUCGACGUCCAACUCUUCGUUUGCUCCGCUGGUGAAGAGCGCGGCGGUCGAGGCCGAGCUGCUGGUCUCGCCGCUGGCGGCCGCGGCGGCUGGCGAGGGCGGCGACGGGCGGGCGGCGUUUGCUGACGUCCGCCCCGAUGAGAUGAACGUCCGCCGCGGGAUGCCCGGGCGGGUGGCGUCGGCUGGCUUGCUGGGAGCGCUUCCGGCUGAGCUGGCCGGCACAGCGUCGGCCACGCCCGAGUCAUCCGGUGGCGGGUGGUCUGCCGAGGCGCGGCUGCUGCGGCAGCCCGGGGCGCGGGCGGCGGCGGCGACCAACGAUGCGGUCGACAAGCUGCUGGCGGUGCUGGAGGCCGAGUCGAUGGCGCGGGCGCGGAUAGGAGUUGGUGGCGAGGCUGGGCGCGGAAGUAGAAGCGGUAACUUGCGGCGUUCCGAGGCCGAGGGUGACGACGAGGCCGGCGGCUCGGGCGGCGAGUCGCGGUCCGACGCGUGGGCCGCAGUGUCGUCUGUUGAAUGGGCGGCGAGGCCCGGUGGCGGGCACAGCUCGCGACGGAGCAGAAUCUUGGGCCACGCGCGCGGUGAGUACGCCUUUGUCAACGAGGGCUGCAUCGACGAGGACCGCUUCCACAUCGACCUGACCUCGAUCGCCUGGUCUGACUACGACUCGCUCUACCGGGUGUUCUGGAACAGGUGUCUCGGCGAGGGCUCGUACGGGCAAGUCUACCUCGCGCAGCACCGGCCGUCCAAGUCGCUGUGUGUGGUCAAGACCAUCCGGCGCGAGAAGGAGGACACGCUCAAGCUCAAGAAGGAGAUCAAGAUGCUGCUACUCCUCGCCGGCCACCCGGCCAUUGUCCAGCUGUUGGACAUGGUUGAGCAUCCGCGGCGCAAGCUCAAGAUGCUGGUGUUUGAGUAUGUGGCGUACGCCGACCCGCGCGAGCUCAUGCUUCAUAUGAACCUCGACCAGCUGCGGUACUUUAUGUACCACGCCCUCCUCGGCAUCAACUACGCCCACUCCCAGGGCAUCAUUCACCGCGACGUCAAAGAGGCCAACGUGCUGUUUGAUCCGGUCGAGUGGAAGGUCCGCCUCAUCGACUGGGGCUUUGGCACCUUUUACUUUCCGCACGUCAAGCACUCGCGCUGGCCGGGCACCCGCUACUACAAGUCGCCAGACCUCUUCCUCCACUACCGGUACUAUGACUACUCGGUCGACAUGUGGGCCUUUGCCUGCAUGAUGGGCGCUGCCGUCUUCCGGCGCCUGCCCAUGUUUCGCUGCAAGACAGAUCACAACUCGGCGCAGCUCAUUGCUAUCGGCAUGCUCCUCGGCUCGGACGACUACGCCGCAUACCUCGACGCCUACGACUUUCCGCUCGGCGGCAAGUUUGACGCCCAAUUCAUGGCCGCCUCGGUCCCACGUAAGCGCGUCAAGUGGCGCCGCCUCGUCAACGAGUCCAACAUCGACGUCGCCCACCCGGAUGCCCUCGACCUGCUCGACAGGCUUCUGGUGUGGGACCACGAGGUCCGGCUCACCGCGUACGAGGCCCUCGCCCAUCGGUUCUUCGACCCGGUUCGCCGGCCCGACCUCGAGAGCAGCGCCCAGCUCCCGCGCCACCCGCCGUUCCGCACCGCGCUCGUUGGCGGCCGCGCCGCUGAAGCUGCAAGCCUCGGCUACGCGUAG